UACCAUUGUUAAUCAACGAAUUUUUAAUCAUAAUAUGAACUAUGAAGAAUUGAAUGGAAUCGUAUGGUUAAAACGAAACGAUAAUAUUAAUAAUCAAUCUGAACAAAUGAAUUCAAUAGUGGCCAAUUCAAAAGAAAAUGAACAUAACAAAAAAGUUGAAUGCGAAGAAUAUGAUGAUAAUGAUGAUCAUAGUGUGGAAGAUGAAGAAGAAAUUGAUUAUGGUGAUGAAGAUGAUGAAAUCAUAUUGAAUGAUCAAGAUGUUUGGGAUGAUUCUAUUCUAAUACAAAUGUAUGAACAAUCACAACGUGAAAUAGCUGAAGCAUUACGUAAAAAACAUUUGAAUUAUAAAAAUAAAAACAAUGUUGAUGUUGAUGAUAAUAAUGAACAACCUACACCAGCACCACCACCAGUACCACCACCAACAACAACAACAUCGUCAUCAGUAAAUAAUAAUGAUAAUAAGAAAAAAUCGAAAAAUAAAAAAACAUUUCAACCAAAAACAGCAGCAGCAGCAGCAGCUCCACAGAAUAAUAAUAAUAAUAACCAAUCGAAUAAUGCUGUUUCGAAACAAAAUCAAAUAUCGAAUUGGAAACAAGGUGAUUAUUGUCGUUUGAUUUAUAGCGAAGAUAAUAACGAAUAUGAAGCACAAAUUAUUGAUUUAAAUUAUUCAAAUGAUCUAUGUUUCAUUCGUUAUAUUGGCUAUGAAAAUGAAGAAUGGCGACAAUUAUCCGAAUUAAAACCAUCAGCUGGAAAUUAUUUUCGUGACAGACAAACACAGAUGGCCAUUAAUGAUGGUUAUUAUAGUGGUGGUGGUAGUGUUCAAUUUGAGCAAAAUGGAAAUGAUAAAGAAUACAAUGAUUAUCAUCCAGCAUCGAAUGAAUUUAUGACUGGUACAAGUAGAAUAAUACCACCACCGCCACCAUUUUUUGGUCUAAAUCCAUCAACAUCAACAACAACGGAUAAUCAAUCGAUUAUGAUGAAUGAAGAGGAUACAUUAGCAUCGAUGCUUAUGUCAUGGUAUAUGACUGGCUAUCAUACUGGAUAUUUUCAAGCACAACGUGAUAUUCGUAAAUCGAAUAUGAUGAUGAUGAUGAUGAAUCGUUGUAAUCAUUGUCGUCGUACAACAAAAUGAAAAU